GCACAAUUACAAAACCCACCAAAAACCCAAAGAGGAUUGGCUCCAAAGAGAAACCAAACCCUUUUGCACUUCUUCAUCUUCUUGUUCUCACCCCUACUGUCGCCGCCGUUAAGGAUUAAUUUUUUUUUCAGAGGCGGCGAUGGCGGAUCUUCUACCACCUCUUGCGGCGGCACAAAUCGAUGCGAAGACUAAAGUAGAUGAGAAAGUUGAUUACUCGAAUCUCCCUUGCCCUGUUUCUUAUGACGAACUCAACCGUGAAGCUAUCAUGUCUUUAAAGGCAGACACUUUUGAGGGUUUUCGCUUCGACUUUGCCAAGGGAUUGAAUCAAAAGUUUUCCCUUUGCCACAGUGUAAUGAUGGGACCAACGGAAGUUCCUUCUCAGUCACCUGACACGACGAUCAAAAUUCCAACAGCCCAUUACGAGUUUGGUGCUAAUUACUAUGAUCCAAAGUUGAUGCUUGUUGGAAGGGUGAUGACUGAUGGUAGAGUAAACGCAAGAGUGAAAGCUGAUUUAACUGAUAGGUUGAUCUUAAAGGCGACUGGUCAGCUGACAAAUGAGCCUCAUAUGUCGCAUGCAAUGUUCAACUUUGAUUACAUGGGAUCAGACUACAGGGCCCAACUUCAACUUGGGAACGGUGCUCUAGUUGGAGCAACCUAUAUUCAGAGUGUGACACCCCGUCUAUCAUUGGGUGGGGAAGUUUUUUGGGCUGGUGUGCCUCGGAAGUCUGGUAUGGGUUACGCAGCAAGAUACGAAACUGAUAAAAUGGUUGCUACUGCGCAAGUUGCUAGCACUGGUACUAUAGGUAUGAACUAUGUUCAGAAGAUUUCCGAGAAGGUUUCUCUAGCUACUGAUUUCGCGUACAACUACUUGUCAAGAGAUGUUGUGGCUAGUGUUGGGUAUGACUACAUUCUUAGACAGUCACGUGUGCGGGGAAAGAUUGAUUCAAACGGUGUUGCAUCCGCUCUCUUGGAAGAGAGAUUGAGUAUGGGACUCAACUUUAUUCUAUCUGCAGAGCUUGACCAUAAGAAGAAGGACUACAAGUUUGGAUUCGGUUUAACAGUCGGCUAAUAAGCCUGGCUCUACCACACGCAGCGCUUUCAUCAGUGCGGGGGGUUCAGUUAAAACUUAUUGUAUUUCCCAUCAAGAUUUCAUUUAGGCUUUUUGGUCGGCAACGUUGGGAAAUUAAAACAAAAACAAAAACAAAGGAAGGAAGUGUUGUGUUGUUAUUUACGGUUUAGGUUUUGUCUCCAUUAAGAAGACCCAUUAUAUGAGUUUUUGGUGUUACUUUCUUUCUUUAGAUCUUGUAACGUUGCCUGGAGGUUUGUAUCAUUUCCUCUCCGUACAAACUAAAAAAUAAUAAUAUUUUUUCCUUGUUUAUUUAAAUGAAGAAAAAGUUUGCGUUA